GUUUGUACACUUGUGUCAGUGAUAGGCUUACAGAGACGUAGGAUUUAGUCGCGAAGAAUGGACGCGUGUACUAGAUGUGUUAGCUUCGAGUUCCGAUCGGAGAAUGCCGGAUUGGAACACGAUCGUCCCGAGAACUUCGUGACGUCACAGUGGCCAGGUCACCCUAAAUUCUACCCCUUAUAUCGAAUAGUUGCUGCUGUGGUGCUAACAGGUUGGGCGAUAGCAGACGUCGUGUACGAAACUAGGACUUUUUAUAACGGACAGACGUGGAAAUGGUUUAUUUUUGCAACUAAUUGGAGUUUUAUUCUACUAGCAUUAUCAGGAUUAUUCCAAGCUCUGACCACCUGUUUAUACAACUUUAGAUCUCAUUGGAUCAUAAAUUAUCAGUAUCCGAGAUCGCUACCUAUAUUAUUAAAGUUGCAAUGGAUAUUGGUCAACAUCAGUUGUAACUCGGCGGUUGUCGUGACUACUUCCUAUUGGUGUUUUAUAGCGUUAUUUGAUCAUUCUCCUGUUCUGGUUACACCAAUGAGUCGAGUUAAACACACCAUGAAUACCAUUUAUGUAAUUGUUGACUUGCUGAUUAGUGGAACUCCAAUCCGAGUGCUUCAUAUGUUCUUCACUGUAAUGCUAGGAUCUAUUUACGCGCUCUUUAACGCCAUCUACUUCCUUAACGACGGAACCGUAACUACUGGAGAGGGUGGAAUGGCGGUCCGCCAUUACGCUUACAACUUCAUGGACUGGAAUAAACCUGUAGAAGCGGUUAUCACCUGUGUACUGUGUGUGUUUCAAUCUCUAAUAGCUCAAGUUGUUAUCUUUAUAAUUUUUAAAAUUAGGGUUGUUAUCUUUGAAAAAAUGUACUUCGGGGGAUCGAGUUCUGAGGUGGAGUCAGAGCUACAAAACAUAGUGACAGAAUCUAACUCGUAUAGUACAAUGGAUGAGAAGGAGUUUAUAGAUACUAAUGCGCCUUCGACUCAUGUCGGGGUUAAGUGAUGACGUAUUUAUUUUUAUAAUGACUUUUAAUUCAAAUAUAUCGUUAUUAGUAUCAGUUGUUGACAUAUAAAAUCAAGAUGAGAUUGAGUAUAUUGUGAAUAUAUAAUCAGUGAACAGUGAUGAAUUAUCUGAUAUUUGAGUAUUUGCUAUGUCUGCCAUGUUGACUGUUCGUCUCUAGAAUCUCUGCCAUCCCAGUAGACUGCGCAUCGGCGGAAGUGGAAUGGACCGAAUGCAGAUAAGGUGAUUCAAGGAAGUUGUUUGGUUAAUACCUCUAGAUUCGACAAAUAUCAAAUUUAUUUUCCUCCUUUUGUGAAAUCAUUUGGUUUUUUUAACUAUUGGUGUCUUUGACUGUGCUGUUCAAAGUUAAAUAAUGAUUUAUGAAUAACGAUCAAGAGCUAUGAUAAAACCCCUGGGUAAUAUUAAAAAUAUUAUCUACUUUGUAAUUAUCAAAAAUAAAAUGUUGGACGCUAUUUGUGAUACCGCGUAUCUUAAAUCCUGUAAAACUAAAAUAUGUUGAUUUCAAAAAAUAGUUGAGGCGUAGAAAUGUUUCUUUGUUAAGUUUAGCUUGAUACAGCAAAUCCAUUUUGUUAAAUUUCAUUCUUGAAUUUUGUUUGAUACGGCGGCCAUAUUUGAUAAAGAAGUAUGGCUGCCGGUUUGUUUUUGAAAUUUAAAUUUAGCUUUAAAAAGUAAAAACGUUUCAAAAAGUCGUGUGGUUUUUAUAGAAUUGAAAUUUAAUAUCCCGGAGAUAAGUUGGUUCAUUCGUUCUAAAAGGCGAAUAAAAUAGCGUUACUAUCGAUGAUUAUGCUUAUCUUAUCUUAUCUUAUGAUUAGCUUAUCUUCCGGAUAUUAACGUCAGACCUUUAGGUAAUAAAUAUUAUUCAUGAAAAAUGUUACAUUUGUAUUAUUAAUUUCAUGUAUUUCGUGAAUUUUACCAUGUACUUAUUCUCAACAUAAUUCCCGGCAUUGUUUAAUUAACAUUAUUCCAUGUAUAUUUAACUAGAAUAUUAUCAUUCACAUGAUCUUUUACAUAAUAUUCUAUAUUAUUUAUGUGUCAUAUCUUUAAUUAUGUGUUUUUAAUUAUAGCUGUUGGUUAUUCGUGUAUCAAUGAGUCUCUUUUUUUAAUAUUUAUUAUGUCUGUUUUCGCCUGUUUGUAGAAAUAUUGCGAAAACCAGAUUUCUGUCAGAACCCCACACCCACUCCGAUUUAAAACUAAUUCAAAAUUAAACGAAACAAAAAGCCAAUAUUGAUUUCAAUAUAGUUUUGUAACAGCUUUAAGGUAGGUAGUUCAUAUUUUAUUGAUAUAUCAAUCCGAAACUAAAACUUAAAUUUUGUUUAGUGAAAAUCUUCAUUAAUAUAAAUCAUAUCGACUAUUCACGUGUUAAUUAUAAAAAAAAAAUGUUUAGUGAAAAUCUCCAUUAAUAUAAAUCAUAUUGACUAUUCACGUGUUAAUUAUAAAAAAAAAUAAUCUAUAAUUAUCUGGCAAUACUGACACUGUAAACAAUGUUAAAGUUGCUGUGUUAAAUUUAAAACUGGUAUACUCUUUAAUAUACACAGAGAAAAGGGUACGUCAAUAUCCCUAUUUGAAUCAAUCUGGUUAAAUGAAAUGAAAUGAAAUGGAGUUUAACGUCCUACUUUUCUGCUCCUAACCUGGGCUAAUGAAGACGGCAAUCUGGUUAAAACACAGAUCCUAUUUCGUUUCGUUUUUAUAGUUCAAAAUUUCGUUUUACUUGUCUUUACUACACUUGAAUCUGGAAGAGUUGUUAUUUAACUCGUGUUCUGAAUGGUGUCAGGGAUAAGCCAAUGAAACGGUCUGUUACGGCGAGCUUUAGGCGUGUUUUUCACGGAACUGUGGGUAAUCCACCAGUAACAUCAAUGCUGAUUGGUUAAUCAAAUAUCUGACAUCAUAGAGUCAUAAGUCGGUCUUUUGACCCCUGACGUGACCUAUCGCUAUAACUUGUCAGAUCUUUAUGUAGCGUAGGCCAUCGAAAGUAUAAAAAAACGAAACGAAAUAUAGAUCUAUAUUUUAAUCCGAUUGUAUUUGAAUAUAAUGCUAGUAUUUGAUGAGAUGUAAUACCUCAGUCAGACCGGGGUGGCGUCCUUACUUCGCUGCUACGGCGACGGAAAAUGGUUUUAGAGCGCGUUAAGAUCGCCAUAAGUGUGGUGGAAACACCAGAUAUCGUGCUGUGGUCACCAUGGUCGCCAAUGAUCGCCGAGCCAUAUCGUUUGUAUUGAGCAUGUUCAAAACAAACACCAAGAUUCUGCGAUCUAAACUGGAAAGCUAUGAGAACACGACAUUUUUCAAGUUUUAAUUUUUUGGGGACAUUUUCUCUCGUUGUGUUCACGUUUGCCGGCGACCUUGUGUAUUCUGUGGUCGCCGUACUGUCGCAGCAACGCAGUAAGGUCGCCAUCCCGGUCUGACGGGGGCUUUAACUAUUACGUUCUGGAAGGUAUUUAAUCUUCCCGAACUGCCUCGAGGAAACCCUGAACCAGCUACGAAAGACAAAAACUGAAGUUAAAGCAGUGGAUUAAAAGUGAUUCUGUCGGGUUGAAAAUUUGAGGCGAAAAUCGGGUGAUGCCAAAUCCAAAUAAAUAUGGCUAGUACAGGUCAUUAGGACAUCCUACAGUUCACGCCAUUUCAGUUCCCCGUCUCCAUAAGCCCAAUAGGACGUUAAACCCGAUUUCAUUCAUUUCAGUUCAUGUUAAAGUUGUCCAUAGAGCCGUCAACAUAAAGGGUCAAUAUCCGGAAGCUUACAUUCAUAUCAUGAUAUAGCCGAAUGGAACCUGCUCUAUGAUGUUCCUCUGUGCAUAUGCCAUACCCUUGCUCCACUAUCCGCCGUGAACGAGAGAAAGCGACUCACAUCCGACCAGUGAGAUUUUUGCCAUGACGCCAUGUUCCAAUAAUGACGUGCUCGGCACCAUGCUAGUCGUGCAGCCUUGUGGUCACGUGACAAGAGAGGUCGUAUAAGGUCGUGUUUGAUGUAUUUGCACUGACACCUUCAUGUUGGACAGAAAACUUCAUAAAUUCUCAUUUCAUUUACACUUAUAUUUAUUUACGUAAUAAAUUUCUCUUGAUCGCAUAAACAUUCGGGUGUUGCGAUACUUUGUUUUCUCUGUGUAUAUUAUCGCAUGUCAUUAAUUUACUCCAUUCACCCAUUUAUCUAUUUCCCUUCCUGUCUUUGCUCAAUUUUCUGUGCAAAAUGCAUGACUUUAAGUGGUGCUAUUCUUGUGUGUGCGUUUUGCUUGUGUGUGUGUGACUGUGUUUUGCUUGUUUUGGGUGUUUCGCUUGUGUGUUUCGCUUGUGUGGCCGUGUGGGUGUCAUAAGUGUGCUUACCCCUUUUCUGUCCGCGUAUCUCCUGUAUUUACUACUAAUAUAUGUAUAUAAUCAUUAAAACCUCACCAAUAUUUUCAAAGUGUUGGUUUAACACGUAUAUAUCAGAAACAUUAAAAUAUUCAUAUCCAAAAUUUGGAAACGGGUAAAAGAUGACAACAGAUCGUAUAACAGAACGAUGCUGGGCUGACAUUAUCGUAAAUUGAACGGGCUAAUUUUAGUAGCUUUGAUUUAGGGGGUGGAAUGGUUAGCGCGUGUGCGCUGUAUCAUAGGGACUGUCAUUGAAUCAACUGGCGUGGUUUCGAUUACCCAGUUGUACGUGAAAUGGAGUAGGGUCGCCUGUUUAACGUCGUAAGUUUUUUUCCGGGUCCUCCUGUUUCCUCCCACUGCUAAAGCGCAAACGAAUUAUUGAAAUAAAAUUGACCUAGUUUGUGUCGAGUAGACGUUAAAUCCCAUCUCUCCCCCCCCCCUCUCUCUCUCUCUCUCUGUAUUGAUUUAGUUUAACAUGAAGUCUUCGAUUGGGGUGAUCGUGUGUGUGAUUUCAACUACUGCUGGGAAGGGUUCUAUGAGAUUUAAAUUAUCGUUUAGUUCACUAAUUGGGGUUUAGUUUACGUAUAGAUAACUAUUUCUACACAGUCGAUUAUAUCUCAGCAUUGGCUGUAUCUGUCGACGUAAACUUUGGAACAAAGCCAGAUUGUCAGCCUAAAAAACAAGUCAACAAAGAAAAUACAAAAGAAAUUGACAACUUUAUGUUACCUUAAUCAAAGAAGGACAUUUUAAGUAUUUCAAUUUACAAUCUAUUUUAUGAGUUUGAGUUUUAAAUGUUUGUUCAGUAAGUAUUGCUUUCUAAUUUUGAAAAACAGGAAUCAUUUCUAUUGACAAUUGGCCAGGGUCAUCGCGGGUGUUUUUUUGUUAAACCAGAUCGAAUGACGAAGUUAACACCGGAAGUAAGAACAGGCUAAACCACUGAUCUUAUAUAUUUUUCGGGGCUCCAUUCAUCGGGAUUUUCCAGCUUGAUUGCUGCUUGCCAGUGGUGCAGGAUCGGGGGUCAACCAAGGAACAGAAACUAACCGUUCGGAGUGCACUAGGAAACGGUUAAGAUGUUCGCGCACUUUGAAAUCGAAAAUAAGUGGGUCGUUGAGCCGCUAAAUCUCCCUCAUAGCACAGAUGCCCGUCUUUGUUAUGUAGAUUUAAGUAGAAAAGUAAAACUUUUACGCCCUAUUUUUUUUAUCUAUUUUCCAGAAUUAGAAAGCAAUCUUUUAAUUAUUUAUUUUUUAUUUCUGUGUGUUGCAUACGGCCUCGAUUGUUGUUUGUUAUAAAUAAUGUAUAAUGUCGUUUAUUUUGACUGUGAUAAAAAUAAUAUAUUAAAAUGAAUUUUGUGUUAUUACAAUUAUUUCAAAUGAGUGUUAGUUAGUUAACGUUAUAAUAAUUUUUUUUCUUGUAAGACACUGAAUUCCCUUGCCAGGACAAUAUCAGAUAAACUGUCUAGUAUUCUAGUCUCGACAUCAACGUUCAGUAUAUUCCAAUCUGAUUAAAACAAUUUCGUUUCGUUUUUAUAGUUCAAAAUUUCUAUUUCACUUGUCUUUACUACAAUUGGAUCUGGAAGCGUUGUUAUUUAACGCGUGUCCUGCUUGAAAUGAGGGGUCAGCCAAUCAAAUGGUCUGUCGAAUCGAGCGUUUGACCUUUUGUGCGCGGAUCUGUGGGUAGACAUUAGCGGCAAUAGAAAUCAAAACAAAGCAUAGAACGUGAACUCCCACUAUAACUUGUUAGAUCUACGUGUAGUGUAGGCCAUCGAAAGUAUAAAAAACGAAACGAAAUAUAGAUCUAUAUUUUAAUUAGAUUGAGUAUAUUCAGAUUACAGAUUAAAGACUCGAUGUGUCAUUUAGCGGGGGGGGGGGUGGCCGAAUGGUUAGCACGUGCGUGCUGUAUCAUAAUGCCUGUCAUUGAGUCAACUGGCGUGGUUUCGAAUCCCCGGUUGUUGUAGGGUCGCCUGUCCAACUUCGUGGGUUUUCUCCGGGUCCUCCCGUUUCCCCCCACUGCUAAAGACCCUCACGCGCAAGCAAAUUAUUGAAAUACAAUUAAACCAUAUGUUAGUCUCGAAAUGACCUAGUUUGUGUCGAGUGGACGUCUCUCUCUCUCUCUCUCUCUCUCUCUCUCUCUCUAUCCCGUGUCAUUUACCGCUAUAAUAUGAAUCCUUGCAAACUACAAUAUUGUGGAAGUUUAAUAUCUAACAGGAAUAUCAGUCCAAAACUCAUCCAAUCUUUAUUUACAAUGUAAUUUUUUGUAUUUUCAUCGAUCUAUGCUACUCGAGCGUAGCAAGACGCCGCCAUUUUUUAUUUGUAGUGGAGAAAGCUGGUGUAGUUUAAAUCUGAUUGAAUCCAAGACAGGAGAUUCUCUAGGUUUGGUAUUUUGAUUUUGUUUUCUUAAUUAAAUGUCCAAUUAUCAAUAUGAGUACAUAUUUAGUGUGUAUUAACCUGUGAGAAAUUCGAUAUUUUAGCGAAAAUGCAAAUGACGCAUCGACCCUUUAAAUUAUAUUCAUACAUUUUAGUAUUUUACAUGUAAACCAACUUUAGCCGCAGACAGACCGAGUUAUCUUAUUCAGAUUUUUCAAGCUGACAGAAUUAAUUUAGCUUGCAAAUCAUUCCACGCCUGUCCUCUGUGGGAUUUUUAAUGACAUACAAACAGUUAAGACAACUUGUCUACCGCUACAGUUAAUGUAUUUAAGCACAUAAUAAGAUUGUUUUAGAAUAUAAGUACUUAUAAUGACAUACAGUGACAGAGUCCACCCACGCCGGGACAUCGUGUAGCUAUAUAAAAUAAUGUUUCGACCUGGGGGCUCAAAUUUCCCCAGUUUGCAAUUACAAAUUUUUAGUGUAGUUUUGUAUUUAAAUGACAGUUAUACAUAAAUCAACCUGUCAAGAAAAUCCGACGUUGGAGUAGAUUACAGGGGGGCAAUCAACCAUAAGAUACAGAGUCAAGUGUUUGCUUUCAUUGUGAUUUAAUCUCAUUAUUAAACUUAAAGCCCCUGGCCAUUAUUUUUGGGGGUUUUAAAUCCCCUGUAAACUACAAUAUUGUGAAAUUUCAUUGACGAUGAAUAAUUGACGAUGUAAAAAUAAGCCAGUGCCACCUAUAAAUGUUGGGUUACAGCUUUUGAUAGCCCUCUUUUUAACCUGAUUGAAUUCAAGCAGGGGUAGUAUCUACCGUUGGCGUUUUCUUAAUUUUAUUUGUUUCUUUAACAUUUCAAAAAUGUUAAAUAAUCAAUUUGAGUAUAAGUUAGUGUGAAUUAAGCCGCGAAAAAUUUGAUGUUGUCCGAAAAAUUUAAAUAUUGUGCAGCGGCUUAAAAAUAUUACGUGUAUUUUUGUAUAUAUAAAUAAUAUAUUGAAUAAAGUUAUACUGUUAUUGUCGUU